GAGAUGAUGAAUGAAUGGUCAAUGGGAUGGGCCAUUAUAAUGUUCCCCCUGGCGCGGGCACAAGGAAAAUCAAAAUUGCCCAAUUGGGGAGAAACUCAAAAACCGCGUCUCGUUUGGAAGGGAAGCAGCAUCCAGCUCAGCUUAGCUUCAGCUACCUGGGCGGCUGCUGCUGGCUGGCUGUAUCUCUGAAUGGGUCGGUGAAGCUGGCAGCAUCAUCUCAGGACAGAAGGGCCGGGGAAACAGCUUUACACGAGUGCCAGCGCUUGUCCCACAACAGCGCUCAGGGGAUGCGCCAUUCAAGCUGCCGCCAACCUGUCGAUUUCUCAAAAGCUCAGACAGAGCAUUGGCUCAGAUCCUCCACCACCCUUUGUCUGUAAUCUGCAUCGAGUGUUGACGGAGGGACGUUAUUGUGGAUCAUCGAUGGUCUACGGGCCUCAGCGAAGGCAUGCGGUGGCCUCGCUGGGUAGCGCCAUACAGACCAUAAGCUUAGCUCAACACCUGCUCACCCCUAGUAUCCUUAUUCUCGUGGCUCGACUCUUAGUCCAAGGCCAGAUCGCAGCUGCCUCGGUCAUACAUCCGACCAGAUCUCUCCUUAGUCUCUUCUUCGUGGUCACUUUGUUGAACAUGGCAGCGAUACUCUUGCACAUGUUGGAUUUCGCCAGUGGAGGCAACGGUACGAAAGGGAUGCUCCUCGAUUUUGUCGGCCAAGCUCGCCAAGCGUCUUUCACUCGAAUCCUUCUCAUGGAUCUUACUCUCUAUAUCCUGCAAUUAUCCGCUCUCGUCGUCUCCUACGUCAACCACCAGAUCCACGCUCAUCCAGACGAGAUGAAGAUCACGGCAUUACCGUAUGAUGAUCUGCUACUGCCAAAUGCCCAAGCCAUGGAUCUCGACGAACCCGAAUUCGACCUUGAAAGCGGCUUACGGAAACGACGUAAAGGCCAAAGGGACGGUGCUGAAGAGAUAUGGCUAGACGAUGGAGAUGAUGCGAACGACGAGCACACAAUGUCAGACCGGAAACGACUCUUAUCCUCUACAUCGUCCCCUUCUUCAUCUGCCUCAAGAAUCCGCGAACCACCGCUCAUAUUCUCCUUGACUCUCCCGCAUAUUCUCAAUCUCGUCUUUCGCCUACCCCCACCACCUCAACCCCGUCCAUCAUUUGCAGGCGGUACGCCUGCUCCCAGUCCCCGCACGGCCACAAGAUCAUUGAGAUCAUUGUCCACCUCCGCCCCUCAGCCUGCGAGCUCAACCCGCACACUAGGUGCAGGUGCAUCUCCUGUCACUCCUCCUGCUCGACCACGAGGGUCCAAUGAGGAACCAGACGGCGAGGAAACCGAGGACGAGCAAGGAGACGAAUCGCCCACUCAACUGGGGCGGUCCCCUCGGGGAGCUGCAUCGCUCGUUCCUGAUGUCGGCCGCAUACCAGGGGAUUAUUGGGUUGAUAGUGAUAGAUCCAGAGGUAAUGGAGGCUGAGCAGUCCCAUCCGUUGCGUGUACCAUGUAUGUCCAAGCUAGAAGACCCGAC